UUUGGUGUGGGCCUGAGGCUUCUCUUUGGCUUUUUCAUUCUCAUCUGUUAUAGGCCGUUUCUCCUGACCAAUGAGAACCGACCUCAAGGGCGGAAGUGAUUGAAAGAAAGUGAAUCGUAACGUGGUCGAGUCUGGGAUGUUCUAAUUUAGGGAGAUCAUGUUACGUCGGGAGGCUCGUCAGAGGCGGGAGUAUCUUUACCGCAAAGCUCAAGAAGAAAAACUCCGGACUCUCCAAGAAAAGAAAGAAAAAAUUAAAAAGGCGUUGGAUGAGAACUGCUUGAUUCCCACAGAACUUCGGAAAGAAGCCCUGGUCCUCCAGAAAGCAUUGGAGUUUGAUGACGGAGGGGCAGAAGGAGUGACAAGUCAUAUAGAUGAUGAAUACCGCUGGGCUGGAGUGGAGGAUCCCCGUAUUAUGGUUACCACUUCCCGUGACCCCAGUUCUCGCCUCAAAAUGUUUGCCAAAGAAGUGAAGCUAGUUUUCCCUGGGGCACAGCGAAUGAACCGAGGCAGGCAUGAGGUGGGUGCUUUGGUCCGUGCCUGCAAAGCCAAUGGGGUCACCGACCUGCUGGUGGUGCAUGAGCAUAGAGGGGUGCCAGAUGGACUCAUAGUUAGCCACCUGCCUUUUGGCCCCACUGCCUACUUCACCCUCUGCAACGUGGUCAUGCGUCAUGAUAUCCCAGACAUCGGCACCAUGUCAGAAGCCAACCCCCACCUCAUCUUCCACAAUUUCACGUCUCAUCUUGGACAGAGGGUCACUAGCAUUCUCAAGUACUUGUUUCCAGUACCUAAAGAUGACAGCAAGCGGGUCAUCACUUUUGCCAACCAAGAUGAUUAUAUCUCCUUCAGGCACCAUGUUUACAAGAAGACUGACCAUCGGAAUGUGGAGCUCUCUGAGGUUGGGCCAAGGUUUGAAAUGAAAUUAUAUAUGAUCAAACUAGGAACCCUGGAGCAAGAGAACACCGCUGACGUGGAGUGGCGCUGGCACCCCUACACCCACACAGCCAAGAAGAGAAAAUUCCUCAGUGUUGAGUAGCAGUGCCUCAAAACUGCCACUUUCUCAUCAAAGAAGCAGACUGUAUAUUGGACCUUAAAUGAACUGGAUUCUUCAAGCUUGCUCCCAUAAAUACAUUCUUUUUUCUUUCUGCCUGUU